GCUUCAUAAACCGACUCUUCUAUCAUGACCUUCGCGCUUGAACUGCGCACGUGUGACAGUUGGUGAACUUUGAACUCUUAUUUUCAUAUCUAACCCUUUCCGUACGAGUCCUUGCUCUCUUCCUUUCCGCGUGUUAGCGAUAAUGGUAAGUUGAACUGUAUCUGUUUUAAUCAUUUUCCCAUUGUAUGUAUGGCGUCGCUGAAGAAGAUGAAAAAUGUGUGGGUGUCUAUAUCUCUUCUCUGAACAGGUUUCAAGGCUGAAGAAAACGCGCAAACUGCGCGGUCAUGUCUCGCACGGCCACGGUCGAGUAGGCAAACAUAGAAAACAUCCUGGUGGCCGUGGUAAUGCUGGAGGGCAGCACCAUCACAGAAUCAACUUCGACAAAUAUCACCCUGGGUAUUUUGGAAAGGUGGGGAUGCGGCAUUUCCACCUGACAAGAAACAGGUACCAUCAGCCGGUGGUAAACCUGGACAAGUUGUGGUCGCUGGUCUCAGAGCAAACCAGAGCUGCCUACAAGGACAGAACUGACAAGGCACCCGUCAUCGACGUAGUGCAAGCUGGCUACUACAAGGUGUUAGGAAAAGGAGUGUUGCCAAAGCAACCAGUCAUCGUGAAGGCCAAGUUCUUCAGUCGAAAGGCUGAGAGGAAGAUCAAGGAAGUGGGCGGGGCUUGUGUUCUGGUAGCAUAGCAACUGCUCUUUCAUUGUUCCAAUUGUACCAUAAUUAUUAUAUCUUGUCAAAAAGAUUUUUGAUUGUGAUUUCGAUUGUGGAGAUGUGUGCCGUUAGUGUUGUGGAUUGAGCUGUGGAUUGAGCAGGGUUUUUCCACCUCAU